AUGCGCUCUAUUCCCUGGCUGAUUCGCUUAAAGCCUCUACUCUUAACCUGCAAGGAUACAACCUCCAUAACCCAAAUCCACGCCUUGCUGAUCACUGUCGGUCUCUACCCCAAUGGCAGCACCGUCAGUCGCUUAAUCGCUUCGUAUGCCCGCGCCGGCGGCAUAGAAACCGCACGCCAAGUGUUCGACAAAACGCCUCAGAGAGGCGUUGAUGCAUGGAACUCGAUCAUCGUUGCGUACUCUCAUGAACGUUCCCCAAGUCAAGUUCUGGGUCUUUACCAUAGAAUGAUAGCCGAGGGAGUUAGGCCUGAUAGCUCUACUUUUACUGUGGCACUCAAAGCUUGCUCGACCUUGCCGGACUUACACGUGGGAAAGGAAAUUUGGCGUCAAGCUGUGGAUUUUGGAUACCAGGGUGAUGUGUUUGUUGCGUCGUCUGUUCUAAAUUUGUUGGCCAAGUGCGGGAGAUUGGAUGAAGCGAAGGCGGUGUUUGAUAAGAUGGCGAGGAGAGAUGUUGUGAGCUGGACCACUAUGGUAACUGGGAUCCUGCGCAGUGGACAGCCGUUAGAAGCAGUGGACAUGUACAGGAGAAUGCAGAAGGAGGGGAUUGAAGGAGAUGGGGUUAUAAUGGUGGGCUUAAUCCAGGCUUGCUCUGAACUUGGAGAAAUUACGGUGGGUCUUUCAGUUCACGGAUACAUGGUUAGGAGAGAGAUACAUAUGAAUGAUGUAGUUGUUAGGACUAGCCUUGUGGAUAUGUAUGCUAAAUGCGGAAAAUUGGAGCUUGCUUCUCGUGUUUUCAGAGAGAUUCGUUUUAAAAAUGCUGUUUCCUGGGGUGCGCUGAUAUCCGGCUAUGCGCAAAAUGGUAUUGCAGGAACUGCACUUGAAUUGUUGAUUGAGAUGCAGAGUUCUGGGGUGAAGCCAGAUUCAGUUUCUCUCAUCAGUGCAGUUUUGGCAUGUUCACAAGUAGGGCAAUUGAAACUAGGGAAGUCAGUACACGGAUAUAUCCUUAGAAAGCUCAACUUCGAGCAGAUUUUAGCGACUGCUUUGGUAGACAUGUAUGCCAAAUGUGGAUCACUUGCUUGUGCUCGAAUUUUGUUUGACCGAGUAGAUUCAAGAGAUCUAAUCAUGUGGAAUGCCAUGAUUUCCAGCUAUGGGAUCCAUGGCCAUGGAGAGGAAGCCCUCUCACUCUUUCUAGCGAUGACAGUAACAGAAGACGUGAAACCAGAUCAUACAACUUUUGCUUCACUUCUUUCAGCUCUGAGUCACUCAGGAUUAGUGGAAGCAGGGAAAUGUUGGUUUCAUAAAAUGGUCAACGAAUUUAAGAUUCAAGCUAGUGAGAAGCACUUUGCAUGCAUGGUCGAUCUUUUAUCCAGGGCAGGGCGAGUGGAAGAAGCAUGUCAGCUCAUUGAGUCCAUGGACUCUGAACCAGGACUUGCUGUUUGGGUUUCCCUAUUGUCAGGCUGUCAUAACUGCAGGAACGUAAUGAUAGGAGAGGUGGCAGCAAAGAAGAUACUUGAGUCGAACGCAAAUGACUCUGGAACUUAUUCGUUGGUUUCUAACUUCUUUUCCAUGGCCAAGAAGUGGGAUGAAGUCUCUGUUUCAAGGAGGACCAUGAAAAGGGCGGGAGUGAGGAAAGUGCCUGGUUUUAGUUCAGUGGAAGUGAAUGGAAAACACCAAGCUUUUCUAAUGGAAGACAGGAACCACCAUCAGUACGAGGAUAUCUUACAAACAUUGGAUAAUUUGGUACAUGAGAUGACAUCCAUCAGUGCAAAUCAAGACAGCGUAUGUUUACUGAAUGAUCUUGUAGGGGACUAG